GCAACUCAUUAAUCUAUAACCAUGUUCGCCCGCCCAAUCUGCUCGUGGGGCCGGUUUUUGUCGCCGGCAACGGGCUUCAAACCGUCCGCAUGUAAUACAUCCAAAGGGGUUGACCUCGGGAGGAGGUAUUUCAGUCACAAUCCACUUUUGAGGAAAAAUGCCGCCUCCGCGCCGUUCAAUACCCCCCAAUCACGGCAGCGAAAUGCAUCUACAAUGUAUUAUGCCGCGAGUCUUAUUCUGGGAACGGUUGCUCUCGCUUAUGGUUCUGUCCCUCUCUACAAGAUGAUCUGUCAGCAGACCGGCUGGGGUGGUCAACCUAUCCUCACCCACCGCACAGGAGAAGGCGAUACCGCGGAUCGCGUAAAGCCUGUAACGGACUCCCGCCGUCUUCGAAUUACCUUCAAUGGCUCGGUUUCGGACGUUCUGCCCUGGAAAUUUACGCCACAACAGCGAGAAGUUCGAGUCCUCCCCGGUGAAACGGCACUGGCUUUCUACACUGCGACGAACAAGGGUCCUGCGGAUAUCAUCGGAGUUGCGACAUAUAGUGUCACGCCCGGGCAAGUCGCCCCAUACUUCAGCAAGAUCCAGUGCUUCUGCUUCGAAGAGCAGAAGUUGAAUGCUGGAGAAUCUGUGGAUAUGCCGGUGUUCUUCUUCAUCGAUCCUGAUUUCGCAAAGGAUCCGGCAAUGCAGGGCAUCGAUACGAUUACGCUCUCGUAUACCUUCUUCAAAGCGCGGUACGAUGAUAACGGCGUCCUCAAGCCUAUGCCGUCGGCCUAGCUGCACAUACUGUAUGGAUAGCUCUCCAUCGACCCAUGCAUACGCAUCGGACUCGACUUCAACACCAUGGCGCCCCAGAGUGUGCUUGUGAAAGUGGUGCGUCGAACGUAUGUCAUCACUCAGGCGAAUACCUGGUAGGUCUGGGCAUUUUCCAGGACCAAGUUCCACUGCACUGGGACGGUUUAACCUCAGCGAGGAAGCUCCAAUCUCCUCUCCAAAAACAUAACUAAACUGUACUGUACCAUUUUCUUUGAGGUCCGAUUCCUCGAGAGACACAUGUAUUAUAUCAACUCAUGGAUGUACAUAUUACAAAUACUGGGCUAGGAUUAUUUUGUUUACUCUAUUGCGCUUUUCCUACUAGCAAAUUACUAUCACCAUGCGGAAAACUGGUGUCUUGUCGCGAUCUUCUGCCGGGGAAACAUUUGCUGGUCAGUAAUAUCAAGGGACAAUUGCAAUGAGGUAGUUAGUAUACCUAGC